CCGAACCAUUGAAACAGGUGUGGUCUGAAUUCCAUCUUCGAUAUUGGAGGAGACCAUGAUAGCAGCAGUGAUGUUCAGUCACAGAUAGAAAGGGCCUUUUCAGAUGGGGGACACUCCCGCUUACAAGCAGUACGUCGCCGGCUUACCAGUUGGAGUUUCCACCGUCGCCAUUGGCCAUCCCUUUGACACCGUAAAGGUGAAGCUGCAAAAACACAAUACUGAAGCACAUGGGAUCAAGUACAAGAAUAGUUUGCAUUGUACUGCUAGGAUACUAAGGAUUGAAGGAAUUAGAGGACUUUAUAGAGGCGCUACAUCAUCUUUUGUGGGGAUGUCUUUUGAGAGUUCCCUCAUUUUUGGCAUUUAUUCCCAGACGAAACAGUUUCUGCAGGAAGCUGUUUUGUGAAAUUUGCAACAACUAUUGAAGCUGGCAAGGCCAUUGCAGCUCUAAACAAUCAACAUUUUUUUCCUGGGGAACAAAUGCCUAUUACGGUUAAGUAUGAAGGCAAGCCAGACAGAGAAAGAGAACGUCAUGUUGUUUGUCAUCUUAAAAUACAUCUUCUGUAGGGGCACUUGAUAAAGUGUUUGUUGCGAUGUUUAACAAAGAAGCUUCAAAGGAGGAAAUUAUGGAGGUAUGUUCUUGCCAACCAUGGGAUGUUAAGUUAUUGUUUUUCCACAAAAUAUUCAUUUUUUACUUAUCUUCAUGUAAGUAUUCAUUAUUGAAACAUCCAAAUAUCUUAUGGAAAUUCAUGGAAGAUCAUUUUUUUGUGUAUAUUUAUACUGAUGAGACCACUGUCUCACAUAUGGAAUGCAUAUUUUCAUUCACUUUUUUUAUUGAACAUUUACUAUUUUGUGCUUUCAUGUUUACUAGUUUGAUUUCAAUUUUAUGAAACUAAGCUUCUAUGAAUGUAGUUAAUUUACUACUGUUUUUUUUUUUUUUUUGCUAGAUCCAUUUAUGAUUGAUCUUUGUAAUUCUGAGACUUUUUUGGCUGGGUAGUCAGUAUUUUAUUUCUCAUGCACUCAAGGUGUUUGAAAAAAAUUCCCAAUAGAAAGACAAGAAGAGAAUGA